AUGCUUCCACACGACGUACUGGCCUGGCUGACCAUACUCGGCAGCGGCAACUGCUUUGCAAGCAUCUACCAGAUGUCAUGGGUGAGCGCGAAGGCCGUGCAGACGAUGUUCCACAAGUUCUGCAAGCACUUCCCACGGGAACUGUACGAUGAACACAUCUACCUCUCGUCGGAACAGAACGGCGAGCUGGACCACGUCAUGGAGCAGUACGACCGGCUUGGGUUUUCGGGCGCGAUGGGCUCCAUGGAUGUAACUCACACCGGCAUAGAGGGGGUUCCUACGAUCGGGUACCAGGUCACGACGAACGACAAGACCAUCGUCUGCUGGGAUGCCGCGGUGGAGAAGAUUCGGACGGACAAGCAGUGCACGGAGAAGACCUUCGACAUGUACAACGAGGAUGGCACGACGACAACGCUCAAGGGGUGCUACUUGCUAGUCGACAACGGUGAGUGGAAAAUCCUGAUGGAACCCACCAAGUACCCGCUGAGCGAGAACGACAUCCUCUUUUCGAAGAGGAUGGAGAGCGUGCGCAAGGACGUGGAGUGCUUCUUCGGCAUCCUGAAGGGUCGAUCCAGGAUCCUUGUCUCGCCAUGGCGUACCACGAGCAGGAGCGCAUCGACUGUAAAGAAAGCGGUCUACCCACUAGACUACUUAGUCGCGGCGACUAAGUAG